AAGUGGAUCAGCAUGACGCCGCUGCUCGCGCGGACUCUCACGUGGACCGCAGUGUGCACGCGCAGACUGUUCACACGCACGCGCUGUAGCGGAGCCGCGCAGAAGCACGUGACCGGUCUGGGAGCAGCACGAGGUCCUGGUUCUGGUGGUUUUAGUUCUGGUUUUAGUUCUGGUCCCAGCAGAUCCAGCAUGAGUUUCGGGGGUCUGGACCAGAGGAUGGUCUGGGUGGACCUGGAGAUGACGGGUCUGGACAUCGACAAGGACCAGAUCAUAGAGAUGGCCUGUAUCAUCACGGACCCGGACCUGAACCUGGUGGCCGAGGGACCAAACCUGAUCAUCAACCAGCCGGACGAGCUGCUGGACGGCAUGUCGGACUGGUGCAGAGAGCAUCAUGGGAAGUCAGGACUAACCCAGGCCGUCCGCAGCAGCACCAUCACUCUCCAACAGGCCGAGUACGAGUUCCUGUCCUUCGUCCGACAGCACACGCCGCCUGGACAGUGUCCCCUAGCAGGAAACUCAGUUCACGCAGACAAGAGGUUCCUGGACAAGUUCAUGCCCCAGUUCAUGUUCCACCUGCACUACCGGAUCGUGGACGUCAGCACCAUCAAGGAGCUCAGCAGGCGGUGGUUUCCUGACGAGUACAAGCGUGUCCCUCACAAGAAGAACACACACAGGGCUCUGGACGACAUCCAGGAGAGCAUCAAGGAGCUGCAGUUCUACAGGACCAACGUCUUCAAGACUCCAAAGAUCCUGCAGAAUGGGGGCGGAGCCAGGACCCGUGAUGUCACCGGUCCCUCCUGAAGGGGGCGGAGCCAGGACCCGUGAUGUCACCGGUCCCUCCUGAAGGGGGCGGAGCCAGGACCGUGAUGUCACCGGUCCCUCCUGAAGGGGGCGGAGCCAGGACCCGUGAUGUCACCGGUCCUGAGACUCUGAUCCAAGAUGGCCGCCAGGUUUUAGGUUGAGUUUCAGCUUCAGCUUUGAGUUUGUAGAAGGUUCAGGACGAGAUCCAGAUCCUCGGAACCAAAGAUUUAUUUAUGAAGAAAUUAAGAAACCUAAAAGUGACCUUUUGAUGGUUCGGUGUAUAUUAACGUUUUUCUUUUUUAAC